AUGCACAGAGCUCUGUUUCUGGUGCUCACUAGUUCAGCAGUCCUGAAUGCUAUCUUGGACCAAUCUGUUGCAAUCCGUGGUGUUCUCCGUUGCCGAACCACCCCACUUCGUAACAUGGGGGUACACCUUUAUGAGAAGAGAAAAACGCCCCUACGCGAUGUAUUGAUGGUAUCGAACAAAACAGAUGCUAAUGGUGAAUUUUACUUGAAUGGAUCCACAUCACGUCUUCUCCCGAUUUCUCCAAUGUUGCACAUUGACAGUGACUGCAAAGGGCGGGCUCAGAAAGUGAAACUCCCCAAUGCCAAAUCGCAGGUGGAAUGGGGAAAAGCAGCAAAACACAUAGUCGACAUUGGCGUGAUCAACCUUUUGUGA